AGGAUAGAUUUGCCAUUCGUUAAGGGGGUUGAAAUUAAUUUUGAUCCCAAGACUUAGUUUUUAAUAGAAACUACUGGUUUUUCCUUAAGAAGGGAGUGCUUUCUCCUUUAUGGUAAAUGAAACCCUCAGCUUUCGUUGGAUAUACUUGUAUGAUUUUUCCUGACAUACUGAAAAUGGAUUUAUGUAUUUCUAUAAUACAUAAUUUUAUAUAAUGUAUUUUGAAUAUUGUAUGGAAGAAUCGAAGUGAAAUGUAAAAAUUUUGCCAGUACAGUUAUUGGUGAUACUCUCAAAUCUAGUUGUACAUGCAUUGGGAAGAUGGCUCACUGACUCAAAUCUGCCUUGCAUCAUUUUUUUUCUUAAUUUACCGAGCGUGGAGAGUGGUAUGUAGAUCGUUUAGUUACAGUAUUUGGUUGAAUCAGCGAUGCACGGUUAUGUGAUAUUGACCAACACGGGGCUGUCGGAAGGCAGCAGUGGAAGGGCCCUUCCUGCUUCAGAGAUUUACAAGUGGGACUUGAAAUAUGGUAGGUGAGGUAUGACUCGGAAGAUUAACGUUCUAUGCUGAGGAUUUAAGUGUCAGCACUAAUGGAACUGGGUGUAAAGACAGCUGUCCUCUAGUGUACUACAUUUACAUUUCCGUAUCAGUGUGUUGCAACUUUAGGAAAGUAUUAGGAUUAGUGGAAGGUAACAUUCUGGUUAUAACUUUCGCUUUUGUUUCAAACUAAUUGAAACUGUUUAGAAGAAAACCUUGAAAUUUCUGGACUGAUGCAAAUCAUGCGCCCCAGGGGACCUUUCCCUGUGCUCUGCUGGCCUCCAGACUCCUCCUCUCCUCCUCCUACAAACGGUUUAGAAAAAAUAAGAUGGGAUCAAGAAGAGAACCUAUGAUACUGAAAUACAGUUAUCAAAAUAUUGAACCAAACUGGUGAUAAAUUUCUUUACAUGCUUUUUAUUAGCUCACUUAGUAACAGAUUGGACACUGGCUCUAAUAAUUUCUUUUUGAGUGUAUGAUGCUAAUGCUUUGUGAAAAUACCUGUGGUUUCUGUUGGUGAAGAAGUCACAGGUGCUCUUCAGGAUUUCAUGUCUACCGGUGGAAUUGAAUGAGUGUUAAAUUUCAGCCAGAUGUUAUUGCAAGUAAAGAUGUGAUUUUUUUUUCUCAUUCAGGUUCACAGAGACCAAGUUAAGAACCUCUGCACUGGAAGGCUGUUUACUCUCAGCCCAUCCCUUAGUAGGAAUAUACACGGUUUGCUUCUGACUCAAGAUGGUUGACGUUUUAUAAAGAACUCACCACUCACCGUGAUGGCUACACAGAUGCUGAGCAUAGACAGCUAUCAAGACGGGCAACAGAUGCAAGUAGUAACAGAGUUAAAAACGGAGCAAGACCCCACCUGCUCUGAACCAGAUGUGGAAGGAGUGAGCCCUCCCCCUGUGGGGUCCCAGACCCCGAUGGACGCAGACAAGCAGGCCAUUUAUAGGCAUCCACUGUUUCCAUUAUUAGCUUUGUUGUUUGAAAAAUGUGAACAAUCUACACAGGGCUCGGAAGGCACAACUUCUGCCAGUUUUGAUGUGGACAUUGAGAACUUUGUAAGGAAGCAAGAGAAGGAAGGAAAGCCCUUCUUUUGUGAAGAUCCAGAAACGGACAAUUUAAUGGUAAAAGCAAUCCAGGUUCUGCGUAUUCAUCUUCUUGAGCUGGAAAAGGUUAAUGAACUCUGCAAAGAUUUCUGCAGUCGCUAUAUUGCUUGUCUAAAAACGAAAAUGAACAGUGAAACUCUCCUGAGUGGGGAACCUGGCAGCCCGUACUCCCCUGUCCAGUCCCAGCAGAUUCAAAGCGCCAUCACAGGCACUCUCAGCCCCCAAGGGAUCGUGGUGCCAGCAUCCGCUCUGCAACAGGGGAAUGUCACCAUGGCAACAGUGGCAGGGGGCGCCGUCUACCAGCCCGUCACAGUCGUCACCCCCCAGGGCCAGGUAGUGACACAGGCGCUGUCGCCCGGCACGAUCCGGAUCCAGAACUCCCAGCUUCAGUUACAGUUAAACCAGGAUCUCAGCAUCUUGCAUCAAGAUGACGGCUCAUCUAAGAACAAGAGGGGGGUCCUGCCGAAGCACGCCACCAAUGUGAUGAGGUCCUGGCUCUUCCAGCACAUCGGGCAUCCCUACCCGACAGAAGAUGAGAAAAAACAGAUUGCUGCUCAGACAAAUUUGACACUACUCCAAGUUAACAACUGGUUCAUCAAUGCGAGAAGACGAAUCCUGCAGCCGAUGUUGGAUUCUAGUUGCUCAGAAACUCCAAAAACAAAGAAGAAAACUGCUCAGAACAGACCCGUCCAGAGGUUUUGGCCCGAUUCCAUCGCCUCAGGAGCCGCACAGCCAGCCGCCAGCGAGCUGACCGUGUCCGAAGGAGCCGUCGUGACCAUCACCGCGCCCGUGAGCAUGAACGUGGACAGCCUGCAGUCCCUGUCGUCGGACGGGGCCACGCUGGCGGUACAGCAGGUGAUGAUGGCCGAGCAGAGCGAGGACGACUCGGUGGACAGCACGGGGGACGGCGGGGCGGCGCUGGCGCCCGGCCCCCUGCGCGGGCUGGUGCUGGAGAGCAGCGACUCCCUGCAGUAGGGCCGCCCGCCCCGCGCUUUAUAGUUGGCGCAGCAAACAUUUUACACAGUUUCAUUUCUAAUAUGUUUUAUAUGUAGGCAUAGAAGAGUGCACUUUUGUAUUUCCUAGUAAGCUUCCAGGGCGUCUUUGCUGGUGCAGCGACUUCUUUCAAGGUGUGUGUGUGCGUGUGUGUGCGCGCGUGUGUUUUUAAGGAAAUUCUUUCAAGGUUUAACGCUAAAAGUAUGUUGAAUGACAGAUCCUCUCCCCCGCCCCCCGAACCCCUGACUGAUUAAGGAAUAGUGCUGCCGUUUUCUAAAAAAUUAUGCAGUUUAAAUUUAGUUCUGUGGUGAAAGCAGGUCUCAGUGGGCUGCUUUAUUUGUGGAGCCCGUGGAUUAGGAAGAAGCUUCUGCCCCUGAAAACUGCCAGUGCGAGGCGGAUGGCAACACACAGCAAUAAACCGCGUGUGACCUG